AUGUCGUUCCGCUGCAAAAGUGUCGCUGUAAUCGGUGCAGGCAUCAGUGGCGUGGUAGCUGCAGCUCAUCUUCAAAGAGAGGGUAUCGAAGUCACCGUUUUUGAGCGAUCGAGUGCCGCAGGAGGCAUAUGUCCAUGUUAUGUGGGCCUCAAGAACAACGUGAGCACGCGCUUGCUGGAAACCACCUUGAAUCCGUUUCCGCCUGGGACUGAGGAUUAUGUAACGCAUCAAGUCCUGUGCGACUAUAUACAAGCUACUGCUGCCUCCACGGGGGUGCAUGGGUUGACACAGUACGACACAGAUGUGAGACGCGUCACGAAGAACGGCAAAUCGUGGACGGUCGAGACUGUGACUCUGCAGACUGAUCAGGAAGGUGCGCUCGAGAGACGUGUAUCUGUUCAUGACUUUGACGCCGUAGUGAUUGCGUCCGGUCAUUACCACACACCAAGAGUUCCCGACACGCCUGGACUGGCGGAGUGGAAGCGACGAUUUCCUGGUAGAGUGCAGCAUUCAAAAAGCUACCGAAGGCCCGAGAAUGCCCAAGAUAAGAACUAUCUACUUGUCGGUGCAAGUGUAUCCGCAACGGACAUUGCCCGCGAACUGAGCCCGUACGCAAACAAGAUCUUACAGAGCCAAAGGAAUGGCAAAUUUGAUCUACCUCCUAGCAUGCUUCCCAACAAUGCAUUUCGCAUAGAAGAGGUGGCAUCGUACGACGAACCACGCGCGAAUGCAUAUGCAUCAGCGUCACUGAACCCCGACGAAGCGAUUCCGGCAACCGUCACAUUGAAGUCGGGCGCAAAGAUCUGCGAUAUCCACCAUGUAAUACUUUGCACUGGCUACUAUCUCACCCUGCCUUUCCUACCACAGCUCACCUCGGAUGAGACGCCAGUCGAGCAUGCCGACGACGCGGUGUUGGUGACGGAUGGUACACAGUUCCACAAUCUACACAAAGACAUCUUCUACAUCAAUGAUCCGACCCUCGCUCUUGUUGGCGUGCCUUUCUUCACGGCCACUUUCACUCUGUUCGAGUUUCAAGCCAUGGUCGUUGCAAAGGUGCUCUCAGGCCAGGCCAAGCUUCCUAGCAAAGAUGCUAUGCGGGCGGAAUACGACGCACGUGUGAAGAGUAAAGGCUAUGGCAAGGCUUUCCAUAGUCUGCGGGAUCAAGAAGCGAGCUAUGUCGACGAGCUUAUGGCCUGGGUCAAUGCUGAUCUAGAAGAAGCCGGCAAGGAUAAGUUGCGUGGUCAUACCGAGAAGUGGUAUAGCGCAAGGGCAGAGCAGCUUGAGAGGAUGAAAGCGCUCUUUGCUAACCCUGGAACUGAGAAGCGGUUUGAAGCGACAUGUAUAUGA